GUCCCCGGUGCUUCUCUUCUUUUCUUUCCUAUUGUUUGGAUUUGGAGUCACAUCAGCUUUUUGCUACUGCAGCCGCGCCGUUCCGUCGUCUCUUGUAUUGACGUAACAAAACAGCCGGACAUUUCCUCUCUUCCACCUUACCUCCCUUGCCGAUGCUAAGAGUAACAGAUCGAGUGGGAUCGAAAUCUUUUGAAAAUUUGGACAAUAUGCGGAGGCACGGAAGAGCUUGUGUGUUGGUUCUAGGAGACAUUGGUCGCAGUCCUCGGAUGCAGUAUCACGCCUUGUCGCUCGCCCAUCAGGCGUCUUUAGAGGUGGAUAUUGUUGCUUAUGGAGGUAUACCUUUCUAUAAGAAGAGCGAGUUAGAUUAAAUUUUUUAUCACUAGAUGCUCCCAUGUUUUUAGCUUGUCCUUGUUAACAUUUUCAGUAAAUGUCAGCACAAUGGAUUUCCAUAAGAAAAUGUUCCAUCCUAUCAUGAAUUAUGGAGAGUGCAGAGCUUGAGAUUUCAGUUUGGAAAUCUCAGGUUUGAACCUUAAUUCAGCUGUAGAAAGAUUUGGGAAAAGGGGAGGGUUAUCCCCUGUUAUAUAGCCAAUCAUCAGAUGUAACAAAAAGGAAUUAUGGAGAGUAUGAGUUGCUGUUCUAUGGUGUCUGGUAAAUAUGGAAAUUAUACUCUAAUCAAUUGAAGUGCAACUU